UAUUGGAAACAAAAUCUAGUUGUUAACAUGACCAUAUUGAGACCUUCAUGAGGAAUAUAAUGUGGGUAGGCGGUGCUCAAAAAGCUUAUCAGUAUUUCACCAGAUAGAGCUGUUAUAUAAAAGCCUCACCUUGCUCUCUACACUAGAUCGAUAAAAUGGAACUGCAGAACAGUAUUGUAGUUUUAAUUUUCAUAAGUUUAACUGGUGCAGAAAUAAAAUUGCCACCUGAGUUUAUGAUAAUUGGUGGCCCUUUAACAAAUGCUCUGGUGAAUACUUUGGCUAAAGAUGAAGAUAAAUAUCAGAUGAGUGAUUUCAGUGUGGAAGAAGGCACACACUUCUUUUGUCUGGACCCUCUUCCAAGGUAUUUGAAAGAUCAUCUUCUAAACGUACAGCAAAAAGGUAUUUCCCAUUACAAAGUAAUGCUUCCUUGGGCUAGUAUUCUAUCCGAAGAUAUAUCUGAGAAGGUGGAUCCUAUCCAAGUGAGGUGUUAUUCAAAUCUCCUAAAUGAAUUAAGAAGUGCAAAUCUCAAGCCUGUAAUGGUUCUGUGCAACCCUCAAAGUCUGACCGUGAAGUAUGGCAACUGGGAGAAUGGAACACUUAUUGAUUCUUUUGCAAAUUAUGCACAAUUUGCUUUUGCAACCUUCGGAGAAAAAGUUGAAAUCUGGAUAACAUUUGAUGAUCCUUCAAACAUAAUAUCCAAACACAAAACAAAAAACACUGAAUCUUCAGCAAUCAGGAAUAUAAUCCUUGCCCAUGAAAAGGCUUACAAAAUUUAUCACAAAGAGGUGGCAUCCAAAGGUAAGGUUUUAUCAAUUAUUUACCAUUUUAAUCUUUUUCUGGUGGCUCUGAAUAUCAUACUCGACAUUUCUAAUCUUCCAGGCAAUUCAGAGGCAACUACCACACCCAUUCUUGCUGUUGGGCCCCAUUUCCAUGCUGUAUGGCUAUGA